CAACAUUAAAAUUAAGUGUCAAAAAGUGUAUAUGUAAUUAAUGUACUGUAACAGCUAGUGUCAAUACUCCACGAAGUGGUCACACAUUAUCGCUACCCGUUAAGUAAAGUUUUGAAUGGUCCUAAUGUGAGCAAUUAUGUUGGGGCUUAUGGAAGUUUUAUGGCUUGAAUGGGGGCAGAGGAGUCGCACAGACAGGAAAAGCUCGCGUGCGUGUGUGUUGGAACAGCUGAGGCUAGAGCUGGAAUGCGGUAGAUAGGGAGAGCAGCGGGACAUUUAUGGAAACCGUCCGCAGAUGCAAUUCUCUCACAGGACAUUUAGCUCAUGUACAGUGAAGUGAGUGCACGCGUCUGCGAGUUUCAGUCACCUUGGAUUAGCGUCUAUUUAGUUUUUUACUGGAUUUAACUACUUUACCGAGAAUUCUAUUUUGAAAGUUGGGGGAGAGCGCAAACGAAAGAAAGUGACUGAGAGGCCUCUUGAGAUUCCCCAAAUCAUUCUGGCAGUCAAGUGUUCCCUCCAAGGUGAAUCUCGCAGUCAGAUCCCAGGGCCAAGUUUCAGAGAGGAGUAACUAUGGCUGACGUGGCACAAAAGCAAGAGAUCCUUCUUUCCACUUCCAAGCCAGUGGCGAGAAGCUAUGUGCCCAAGCUUGGGAAGGGGGACGUAACAAAUAAAUUUGAAGCCAUGCAGAAGGCCAGGGAGGAGCGUGGUAAGAGGCGGAGUCAAGAGGAGCAUCAGAGGAGGAAGGAACAGUACGUUAGAGAGAGAGAGCGGAGCCGAAAGAAGCAACAGAUAAAGGAACUCCUUGCCUCAAGUGAUGAAGAAGACGUGAAGCCAAACAAGCCUGAAAAACUCUACGUCCCCAAGAUAACAGGCAGCGUAAAGGGGAAAUUUGCCGAGAUGGAGAAGCAGAGACAAGAGGAGGAGCGCAAGAGAACGGAAGAGGAGCGGAAGAGGCGCAUUGCCCAAGACGCUCUGGAGAAGACCAAGAUCCAAAGGGAGCUGGCAAAGAAGGCAGAGGAGAUUGAUGACAAAAGGAGAACUGGAUGUAGCUCAGACACUGAGGAAGGAGAUGACGGCCUACUUGCGGAGGUGGUAACAGCAAAGCCAUCCACAGCUCCGGGUAAGAUCAAGAUCAACUUUGAGGACUUGGGCAAGGCCCGGGAGGAGGAGGAGAGGAGGAAAACAGAGGAAGAGAAGCAGCAGCGGUACCAGGAACACAAGCGCUCCCUCAGAGAAGCCAAGCGCUGGUCCAUGAUUUCACAGGAUGAAGAGGAACCCCAGCAGAAAGAGAAGGAGCAGGUUACACCACGGAAGCUGAAGCUCACUUUCGAGGAGCUGGAGAAGCAGCGGCAGGAGCAGCAGAGACAGCAGGCUGAAGAGGAAGCCCGACAGAGACUGGAGGAGGAGAAGAGAGCCUUUGAGGAGGCCAGGCAGGAGAUGGGUGCUUUGGAGGAUGAAGAAAAAGACACCUUGCCUGCAAAGGAAGAGAUUAGACCUGGGAAGCUAAAGCUGAGCUUCGAGGAGCUGGAGAGGCAGAGGUUAGAAGAGGAACGCAAGAGAGUGGAGCAGGAGGCCAAAAGGCGCAUCGCAGAAGAGAGGAAAGAGUUUACCAAGGCCAAGAAGAGCAUGGCCAGCAAUGGGCUUCCUGGGAGCGAGAACCAGGAUGGGAGGUCUGGCGAAUCAGAGUGCAACGGCACAGAGAAUCACCAUGAUGCCCCUCUGCAGAUUGUGGACGAGGAUGACGACAUCCUGGCUACCACGAUGACCACAGAAAGCGACAGGCCAGGAAAACUGAGCAUCAGCUUUGAGGAGAUGGAACGGCAGAGACAGGCAGAAGAGCAAAGGGCGGCAGAAGAGGAGGCAAAACAGCGCCUGGAGGAAGAGAAGAGGCUCUUCGCUGAAGCACGGAAGAACAUGGUGAAUGAGGAGGAGGAGGAGCUGGUGCGGCAUGAUUCCCAGGAGGGACUGGCCCCCGGGAAGUUAGAAAUCAACUUUGUGGAGCUGCUCAAACAGAGGGAGGAGGCGGAAAGGAGGCGCACAGAAGAGGAGCGCCGGCAGAAGAUGGAGCAGGAGAAGCAGGAGUUUGAGCAGCUGCGACAAGAGAUAGGAGAGGAGGAAAUCAACGAAAGCACUAAAGUGGUGAGUGCUGAGUACAAGGAACUGAGCAAGCUCAAGAGAACUGGCUCCAUACAAGCUAAGAACCUAAAAUCGAAGUUUGAGAACAUCUCGCAACUCACCGAAGAAGAGAUAUUGAAGAAGGUUGAAGAGGAGAGGGCACGGAGAAAGGCUAUGGAUCUUGAGAUCAAAGAGAGGGAAGCUGAGAGAUUUCAGGAGGAUGAGGAGGGCGGGAAGGAGUUCAGAGCUGAAGACGCUUCGUUUAAGCAGAAGGUGGACAUGCGAGCACGGUUUGAACAAAUGGCAAAGGCCAGACUGGAGGAGGAGAGAAAGAGGAUAGAGGAACAGAAAAUGCUCAGAAUGCAGUUCGAACAGCAAGAAAUCGAUGCAGCACUACAAAAAACCAAGGAGGACAAGGAAGGAAGCGUCAUCAGUGACUCCAUGGCUUAUGAAGAGGACCAUGAAGAAUCUGGGGCUCCGUGGUUUAAAAAGGCUCUCAAAAACCAGUCCGUGGUCGACUCGGAACCCGUGCGGUUUACCGUUAAGAUCUUAGCAGAGCCCAAGCCGGAAGUGACCUGGUGGUUUGAGGGCGAAAUGCUUGAAGACUGUGAGGACUACCAGUACAUUGAGAGGGGAGAGACGUACUGCCUUUACCUGCCAGAGACCUUUCCGGAAGACGAGGGGGAGUACAUGUGCAAGGCUGUGAACAGCAGAGGCACCGCAGCCAGCACCUGCAUUCUCAAAGUAGAAAGUAAGCGACAGUCCCUCUAAGCGCAUGCCGCCGCUUCCUGUUUCCAUGCCUAACUCCCUCUCACCGCUCGCCCUUCAGUUUCUGCAUCUCUGAAACUUUCUUCCUUUUCUCUUCUAGCUGACGACUACUGAUGGCCUUCACUGGAACUUUCCCUGUCCCUCCCUUCAGUCUUUUCUACAAUCUCUAUUUCUCAUGGUGCGGCAAAAAGCACCACAAAUUGCUUUAGCGUCGUUCCACCGGUGGAUGGAAAACGUAUUCAAGAUGAAAAUGCAUCGUUUACAUAUUGGUUGUGAUAGAGGUCCUCUGCCUCAUCCAAACGUGACCAGUGCUCAAAGUGCCAAAUCUACAAACCUUGUUUUCAAAAUGGUACCCGAUAUUUUAUCACUCGUACAGAGAAUUUGAGUUUUCGCUAUAUGACCAUCCCCAAUCCCAUCUUUUCCUGCAUUUUUUUAAGCUACUUCCUUGAAUCUACCACCUUUAGAAUGUAUUUCAAUAAAAUAACUUUCAUGGAA